AUGCCGCCGGCAAGGAGGAAGGCUGCUGCCCACAAAAACGCAUCCAACACAAGGAGAAGGAUAUCAUCCUCCUCAUCCUCGCCCUCUCCUGAACGGCAAAGAACGCCCACUCCACCAGCAUCCCCUGCCAGAGAACCUACCCCACCGCCACCUCCACAACCACCAAGGGCGCUGCAAGAACAAGCCCUUAAUGCCAUCACCGAUGAAUGGGAGCCCAGGUUAUUUCCAAGAAAGAAGGGUUGGGAUUUCUUUUUGAAGCACAUAAGGCGAAAAUUCAUCACAGAAAGGGGAAUCGGUGAAGAUGGCGCAGCUUUUGCCUACAUCAAGUGCCAUGGCUGGGAGACCUUCUCCAACCCACCUGUCAAGCCAAGGAUCCAGAUUGUGCAAGAAUUUUACGGCAACUUCCACACUACCCCCAGAGAUGGAGUAUUCGUCAGAGGCAUCAGCGUCAAUUGCAGCACAGAGGCCAUCAGGGCCAUCUGGAAGUUACUAAGAAUAAGCACCGAUUACAGAGAAACCCUGGCUGCCCUGCAUCCAAAUCAACCGCUGGAACAGGCCAUUCUGUCCAGAUUGGCAAAAGAGGGCACAAGCUGGGAGAUGGAUGAUCAAGAAAACCCUUUGGGAUAUCCAGCAAACGCAUUGCAGACGCCUGACUUAAAUCUGUGGCACCAUUUCAUCUGCUGCAAUCUGAUGCCAACAUCCUACACUGCUAAGGUCACCUAUGAGAUGGCUCUGCUGCUAUAUGCCAUUGUCACAGACACACCAUUUGAUGCAGCCUCAGUCAUCCGAGAGCAACUUACCCGAUGCAUCACUGAUCCAAAGGUGAAGAGCUGGUAUUUCCCAGUCAUGGUCACCAUGCUAUGCAAAAGGGCAGGGGUGACCUUCCUGCACACCAACGCAGAGAGCAACUUGCAGCAACCAUUGAGGAUGCAUAAGUUGGACCAGAAACCCCCAGGUGCCUCAUCCGCAGGACAAACAACAUCCACUCCCACUCCAACUGGACAGUUGAGGCAGAGGGAUUUCAACAAGCAGACCAGAGGCAAGUUGAAAACCCUAGCCUGCGGAAUGUAUGGCAUAAAUUCAUCCCUUUGCGCAUCUCCUUCUUCAUGUGGAAGUUUAGCAAUUCACUUCUCCCUUUUACGGAGAACUUAUGUAGAAUGGGUAUAUACUUGCAACCUUCAAUUUGCUGGAAGUGUUGCGCAUGGUUCAAACCUUGGAGAAUAUUUGAAUUCAUGGUGGAUUUCAGGGAACUUUAAAACAGCUAUUGGGGUCAUUAAGAAGAUUCUGCCAUCCUUUAUAGUGUGGGAGCUAUGGAAGGCGAGGAACAAGUUCUUGUUUGAAAAUGUAGACUCCACUUUUUUAGGUGUCAUCAAAGCUGUCAAAGAGCAUCUUCAUGGAAUGAUGCUAGUCAAUAUACUUAAGGCUCAAAAUGUUGUAGAGAGGGAGUCGCUUCAGCUGAUCUUUCCGAACAUACCUUUCAGCCUAAAACAGAAAAAGGUGCGCAAAGUUUCUUGGCAACAACAGCGCAAGCAUGUGCUGAACACUGAUGGAUCUUCCAACUCCCAAGCUGCUGGGUAUGGCUUUGUAAUUCGAGGUGAGAAGGGGUUUUUCUUUAUGGGGAAGCUGGAUUUUUGGGCAGUGGAGAUAGUCUUCAAGCGGAGGUUUAUGGCCUUUUAUUUGGAGUUCGGAAAUGUGAGCAUCUUGAUCUGUUCCAGGUGGAAGUUCAAACGGAUAACCAAUUUCUGGCAAAUAUUCUUGCCUCUGGAGGUCCUUAUCCGUGGAGAUUCUAUUUACAGAGAAGCGAAUGCAGUAGCAGAUAGUUUAGCUAGAUGUGCUUCAGAUGAGGUUUCAGCAGAAUUUUUUUCCUUAGGAGAUCUUCCGAAUUUCACUAGGGGUCUCAUCACUCUAGAUCAACAAUCUAUGCCGUAUGUGAGAGUGCGGAUAAAUUCUAUCAAAGAAUUGAACGGAAUUACCGGAUGUGGAUGGCUGAUUAACGUCAAGUUGUGCAAGUUGUCAGAUCGCCAUCAUUUUAAAAAUUGGGACAGAGUUGAGAGCCGUGAAAUGCUUCUUAUGGGUUCAAAUGGUGACAAAAUUGUUGCCGUGGUCCAUCGUGACCACUUUCAUCGUUUCAACGAAAAUCUCAUUGAAGGAACUUCUUUAUUGAUCUCUAACUUCGGAUGUGCAAAAAAUGGAGAGAGAUUCAAGCAGUGCAAACAUGUUUUCCGGAUUAAAUAUGAUGAGCGUACGACAAUCGAACUAGGUCCGUAUGUUGACACUACGAAUUUUGGAGGAAUCCAUGGCUUUGAUUUUGUCAGUUUCAACUAUAUCAAUGCCACAAAAGAUUUAUCCAAAUUAGUAGAUACUAGAAGAAUUCAGAAUUCCUUAUGGAGUACUAAUGUUUAUCUAAAUGAAGAGUUGCUAGAAAUUGUUGACUUCAGGCAAAGAAUCACUUGUACUGCUGGAUUUGAUGGAAAUGCGAAGAUUGAUUUGCUUCAGCCUCAGCCAAAAUUAGGAACAAUUAAUAAUAUCAUUACAUGGCAUAAAAUCACCAUUGAAGAGUUGUCGACUAUAACUACACCAAGGUCAAACUAUGCACUUAUUGCCACUAUUGAGGCUCUCGAUCCGGAUUUUGGAUGGUAUUAUAUUGGUUGCCGCAAAUGUCACAAAUCUGUAAAGGAAGAGGUUGUUCCAAUUGCUGUGCUAAAAAUUGAAGGCGAAACAUCGUCUAAGAAGUCGAUGUCACAAAUUCCUACAAAGACAGUGUUUCGUUGUGAGACCGAAGGCUGCCCUAAACCAAUAACCACAGCAAGUCCGAGAUACAAAAUGAGAAUUGAUGUUGAAGAUGGGACACCGGGAUCUUGCACUUUUCUGAUGUUUGAUGAUUGUAUUCGUCAUCUAAUGAAUAAAUCAUGCGAACAAAUCAGAGAAACUAUUCUACCGGUGACUGGUUCAAGCUCUAUUGGAACUGAAUAUGAUCAAAACGAUGAACCUAUCACUCCUGUUAAUUCUAUUCAAAAGCGGAAAGUUGUUGAUUGA